AUGCUGCAGUGCCAGCAUCCCUUCUCCCACUUACCUCGCUUCGAUCUCUCCCCUCCGUCUCCCUUCUGCUGCUUCCUCCCCACCCGAGUCGGUCUUGCGGCCGCCGCCACUCGGCGGGGUCAAUUCCCCCAGCUCCGGACUGUCAGGCCUGCUCAGUUGCUGUGUCUCGCGGAGACAGGGGAGCUCGAGGGGGCUGCAGCUGGUGGAGGGGAAGGGGCUGAGGAAGGCCCCAUCCUUCUCCCACCUCGUUCCUCUUCUUCUUCGCUCUCCUCCAUCUUCGCCACCACCGAUGACCCAUCUCCUCUCCAGGUCUCUGCAAGCGUUCUUCUUACCGGUGCUAUCUCCGUCUUCCUCUUCCGCUCUCUCCGCCGCCGCGCUAAGCGCGCCAAGGAAAUGGUGACCACCCAAACGAAUCUCCGCUCUACCCCAACCCAUUGAAUCCUCUUCUCCCUCCCACUCUACUUAGAAAACAUGUAGGAUUAUGCGGGAAAAAUCUUUUACUGAUUUCUUGAUUGGCUCCCUUUCCAGAGGAUAAGGUCGUCGGGCUCCACGAGUACGGAUUUGAAAGAGGAGGCGCUACAGACCUUGAAAGCGAUGAGCUCUGCCUCGAUCGAGCCGAGGGCGCCCCCUUCACCCGUGCAGGCGCUCCUCGGUGGUAUUGCCGCUGGAGUCAUCGCUCUUAUUCUCUACAAAUUCUCAACCACCGUCGAAGCCGGUCUAAAUCGCCAGACCAUCUCAGAUAACUUCUCGGUCAGCUCCACCGUCCCUAAUCCCUCUCUCGCUCUCUGUGGAUUAAAUCUGCUAAGUGAAUUAUUUUCUUAUCUUGUCGAUGUAUGGAGAAAGAAAACUCUGAUUCGAUUUGCCGUAGUAAUUUAUAAACGGAAUGAUGCAGAGUAACCGGUCUCUCUCCCAUCUGUUCUUCAAGGCUAAUUUUAAGGAUCAAUCUACGUAUUUAUUCUCACUAGUUCUGUACAAACUACCAUUUUGGUGACUAAAAUCCUGUCAUUUGAAGAUCACAGGCGAUGUUGACUUCUCAAGUGUAGAAUAAAUAAAAUAAUAGAAAUCCUGCAGAAGAGGUUCCACGAGCUUCUUGUAUGAUUGAAAACAGGAUGUUUAGAUCUUUCGAAUGAGCCUGCGAUCUUCAAAUGACAGACGUUUUUAAUCACCAAAAUGGUAGUUUGUACAGAAUUUGUGAGAAUAAAUAAAAUAAGAGAAAUCCUGCAGUAAAGGUUCUACGAGUUUUUUUAAAUGAUUGAAAUCAGGAUCUAUAGACCUUUCGAAUGAUCUUUCUUUAGUUCCUUGUAUAUAUAUAUAUAUAUAUAUAUUACUGGGUCUUGAUGAAAUUGGAUAAUUUUUAGGAUCUCUCUGCCCGGGUUGGUCGCGGUUCAAAGUGCAAGAAAGAAAUUAUAAAGUUCUUAGGAGUCUGAAUAAAGUCGAUGGGGAUCUGUAAGCUCGAGCUUCAGGCUCGAUCGUCUGAAUUCUUUCCUUCCCCAGUAUAUCGAUAAAUCAAAGCCCAUCGAUAUUCGUUGCUUUUAGAAAUCGAGUGUGUUCUUCCCUCGGCGAGAACUACUUCUUGCCGGCAGGCUAGCUCUUGGUAUUCAACGGCGGGCUUGAAUUCUAUCUCAUCGUUGACUUUUAAAAGUUUUUUUAUUUCUGGAUUUGAUGAACGCUGCCAGGGGGAACCUCCAUCAAUCGUCCUGUUCUUAGUUUGUUUAUAUUCGACGUGAUGGGAUCCUGAUGAUCUUUCGGCUUAAUGUGCCUCUUAAUCUUCAUGUUUCUCAGGUUCGUCAGAUCACUAUAACGAUAAGGUCAGCCCAAUGCUAGUCUUUGAUCCCCCUUCUCCUCAACCACCGACUGGCGCUCUGAUCUUGGUCACUCCUUAUCCGCUGACUCUUUCAGGACGAUCAUCAACGGCUUGUGCUAUCUCGCAACCUUCAUCUUUGGGAUCAAUGCCGUUGGCCUGGUGCUUUAUUCUGGCCAGCUUGCGAUCAGCUCCUUGAUGGACCCGCCCCCAGGCUCCUCGCCCUCCGGGAAGAACGAAGGACCACCGACGGAUGCCGAGGAGCCCGCUAAGAUUUCCGGCGACGGCGGUGACUUGGGCGGCGAGACGACGCAGAAGAGAUCCGAUUGA